AUGGAGUCCGGUAUGGACAUAGAUAGCCCAGGACCUCGGGGAACGAAGCGGGCGGCCGAAGACAUUGAGGCUUCAACGAAGCCCAAGCGGAUCAAGGCCCUCGAUCCCGAUGUUGUGAACAAAAUCGCAGCCGGAGAAAUCAUCGUGGCACCUAUGCAUGCUUUGAAAGAGCUUAUCGAAAAUGCUGUUGAUGCUGGUUCUACGUCCGUCGAGAUCUUGGUCAAGGACGGUGGACUCAAACUACUGCAAAUUACUGACAAUGGUCAAGGCAUAGAUCGCGAGGAUCUCCCCAUUCUUUGUGAGAGAUUUACAACCUCCAAAUUAAAGCAGUUCGAGGACCUCUCAUCCAUUGGUACGUACGGAUUUCGCGGUGAGGCACUGGCCAGUAUAAGCCACAUUGCCCACCUUACUGUGACCACCAAAACUGCCGGCUCAAGCUGUGCAUGGAGGGCACAUUAUGGCGAUGGACACCUGGUCCCUGCUAAACCGGGACAAAGCGAAGCACCGAAAGCUACAGCUGGACGAGGCGGAACGCAGAUCACCGUUGAGGAUCUGUUCUACAAUGUCCCAACGAGACGCCGAGCAUUCCGGUCAGCGAGUGAAGAGUAUGCCAAAAUCCUCGAUGUUGUCGGUCGCUACGCAGUUCACUGCGCCGGAGUCGCGUUUUCUUGCCGCAAACACGGGGAUUCAGGCGUAAGCAUAUCAACGCCAGCCGUUGCAAAUACGACGGACCGAAUCCGUCAAAUUCAUGGGAGUGCCGUGGCCAACGAACUUGUCGAAUUCAAAGUUGAGGAUAGCAAAUUGGGAUUCCAGGCAUCUGGCCUUGUCACCAACGCAAAUUACCACGUCAAACGAACCACGAUUCUUCUCUUCAUCAACCACCGUGCUGUUGAAUCUACCGCUGUAAAGCGAGCUGUUGAACAGACCUACGCGAGCUUCCUGCCAAAAGGCGGUCAUCCUUUCGUCUACAUCGACCUAGAAAUUGAGCCACAGCGAGUGGAUGUCAACGUACACCCCACAAAGCGAGAGGUGAAUUUCCUGAACGAGGACGAGAUUAUCGAAUCCAUCUGCAAUGAAAUCAGAUCAAAACUGGCCCAAGUAGACUCAAGCCGAACGUUCUUGACACAGACUCUUCUGCCGGGGAUCAGAUCUAUCGAUCCUUCAGGUCAAGGCGAUGCAUCUACGGAAGCUGGCGGCUCGGUCCCUAAGACACCCUCAACGACGAAAAAGCCAUAUGAGCACAACCUUGUCCGAACAGAUUCUAAGGUUCGGAAGAUUACCUCCAUGCUGACACCGGCAAUUCAUCAAGCCACAGAUGCAGAAAACAUCUCGCCUAGUGUCCUCGAUGAGGGACUACAAUACGAAAGGACUGGCCGAGAGCCAAUCCGGAUCGCGUUAACAACCGUGAAAACACUACGAGCCAAUGUGCGCAAUACAAUGCACAACAACCUGACCGAAACCAUCGCUUCCCACACCUAUGUCGGACUAGUUGAUGAACGACGCCGCAUUGCGGCUGUACAAUCCGGCGUCAAACUUUACCUAAUCGACUACGGGAUGUUCUGUAGCGAGUUCUUCUACCAAGUCGGCCUUACUGAUUUCGGCAAUUUCGGCGUCAUCAAGCUAGACCCAGCACCAAAGCUCAUUGAUCUACUGCGAAUCGCUGCGAGCACCGAACGCGAGGAACAUGAACACCAAGCCGCACGUCAGAAAAAGAACCCCAGUCGCGAACGCGAACAAGAGGCGAACGACAUAUUCACCAACGCGCCAGACAUGGUCGCAAACACACUCAUAGAGCGGCGAGAAAUGCUCAACGAGUAUUUCUCCCUCCAGAUCUCAGAGCACGGCGACCUCCUCACCAUCCCUCUGUUACUAAAAGGAUACCUGCCGUCAUUAGGUAAACUACCACGUUUCCUCCUCCGCUUGGGACCCUACGUCGACUGGUCCAACGAAGGCGAAUGUUUCCGCACUUUCCUUCGUGAACUCGCCGCUUUCUACACGCCGGAGCAAUUGCCUACUCCUCCGCCCCAGGCACCGCAGACUUCAACAACAGCAACAGGGACAACCGAUGAGAAUGCAACCCCCCAGAACCUUCAGGAAGAGGAUGAGUCUAUCAAGCACCGUCGACAGCAAAUAGCUCACAUGUUGGAGCAUGUAGUGUUUCCAGCGCUUCGAGGUCGUCUGGUUGCCACGACGCGCCUUCUUCGGGGCGUUGUCGAGGUGGCGGAUCUAAAGGGUUUGUAUCGGGUGUUUGAGCGAUGUUAA